CAGACCUCUUGCUACUUCAACACUUAAUCAUUAAGAUGUUGCCAAACAGCCCCUAAGUCAAAACCAGUUUUGGUGAACGAGACUACGAAUUGACGGGUUGGGUAGGGUCCAAACCGCUUUUGCCAAACCGGUUUUUUUUGGUGAAGUGGGUUGGGUUAUAAACAAGUUUGACGGGCCCAAACUGAUUUUUUUAUACUCCUCUACCUCAAGUCUCAAGAUCAACCAUUAGUGUAAAAUUAUAUAGAAAAAACUUGGGCCCCUACAUCUAUAUUUUGGAAAGCCCAUUAAGCGGCCCUCAAGGCCCAAGCUGGUAAACUCAACCCACUGACCCAAUUAUUAAGAAAUAGAUAAUCGUUUCCAAUCCAAAAAGUUGAUAUCAUGAACAGAGGUUGAGUUUUAAUCGAAUCAGGUUCCAUUGCAUUUUCACAUAAGGUGUUCAUCUUGUUUGGUUGUUCUUAAUGGUUGAAAUUUAAGAUAGAGAGUGGGUUGUUCAGAAAUUGACUUUUUCCAGAAAAAGAAAAAAAAAGUUGUGGUUGGAAGUGUUGUGUAUUUCAAUUCUUAUCUAAUUCUAUCCAAAGAUUUUUAGUAGGGAGUAGCUUGAAGCCAAUCUCCCAUUUGAAGCUAGUCACUCGAGCAUUAAAGGAUUUGAACCCACCACCAUUUGGUUGGAAGUUACCACUUUACCACCAGGGGCUAUCCCCUUGGCCCUUGGGAACACCCCUAGAGCUUAUUAACGUACAAGAAGAAGAAAUUCUAUUUUCAGUUCAGCUCAUGAUACAGGCCAUGCUAAGUUAUUUGCUGGUUUUAUCUUUGAAUAUCAAUUUUGGAAAUCAAAUUGGCCCAAAGUUAGUCCAAAAUUAUAACCCGUGUUGCUUCAAUGCUAGGCCAUGGGCCACAGGUAAGACCAGGCUCAGGUGGGGGGGGGGGGGGGUACAAGGUUAGGUAAGCCCGUUGAAUUUUUUGUUGUUGUUGUUGUUGUUGUUAUAUGCAACCGAAAUUCAAGUGAUGCCGUAGAAAUUUGUACGGUAAUCCCACAAAAAACAUUUGUGACCAGUGACCUCUAGUGAAAAAAUUGAUACCCUAGGCUAAAACUACAAUAACAAAAAUUUGUUUAACAAGGUUUUAACUCAUAAACUAAUAAAUAAACAACUUAACAAACCUAGUAGAUGGACAAAAAAACUGGUUUGGGCAACUGGGUCUGCCCAAACCGAUUCCAACCCGACCUAAUCUGAAAAACAUGUCAAAAAACCGGUUUAAUCAACCCCAACCAGUUUCAACCUGAACCACUAAAUCGGUUAAUAAUCAAACCGGUUUUGUCACAAACCGAUUAUGACCAAAGUUGACCAAUGCGGCUUGGUUUAUAACCCGAACCGGUUGUUUAAAACAGAACCGUUUUGUACACCUGAUAAGCCCAGAGAAAGCCUAAUUAAGUUGAAUAAAUCCAGCACUAGGGAUGGCAAUGGGUCGGGUUUGGGACGGGUUUAGGUAAUCCCAAACCCAAACCCGGUUAGAUAAGCUUGUCCCAAACCCGUCCCAAAACCCGUCGGGUUUCUAGCGGGUAAUUACCCAUCGGGUAUCGGGUAUACCCGCGGGUUUCGGGUAAACCCGUUAAUUUAAAAAGCUUAAGCGUUGGGUAUACUCAUCUCAAAACCCAUUGGGUAUCUAUCGGGUAACUACUAAUCGGUUACAUUUUGUAUUGUCAAUAUAAAAAUAUAUAUCAAAUAACUACAAUGUAUACGGAAUAGAAUACCUAUAUGUGUAAAAAAAAUGGAUGUAUCAUAUAUAUACAUAUUUAAUAAUAUAAAAGAAAUUAUAUCGGGUAUACAUUCGGGUAAAUGGGUACACUUUAUCGGGUAAUUGGGUCGGGUAAACGGGUAUAUCACUAAAUCCCAAACCCGUCCCAAACCCGCGAAAAAAAUAGAAAAUAUUCCCAAACCCGUCCCAAACCCGAAUAACCGACCCCAAACCCGUCCCAAAUGUUUUGGGUUUCGGGUUUACCCAUCGGGUUCGGGUUUGAUUGCCAUCCCUAUCCAGCACAUAACCCCAAAAGCCCACAUCUUAAAAAACUAAAACCCCACGUCUCCAAAAAACCGGCGUUUGAUUCUCAUCCCCAUCUCACUGCACCGCGCGAACGACCCUGCUCGCCUGCUACCGCCCCACCGCCGUUGCUACGCCUCUCUCCGGACUCUACUCCGCCCUGAAUCCUCCGUACACCCUUCAAGUCUUCAUUUUAAGUAGCAAGGUAUUCUUUUACCAACUCAUCAUGGAUAUUAGUUUCGAUGGUCUGAUUUCUAGUGACACUGCAAAUACUGCAAAAGGUGGUAUAAAGUUUCAACCCAAAGGCAAACCCAAGCCUAAGCCCAAGCCCAAGCCUAAUGCCCAGCCAGAACCAAAGCCCGCACCACCCCCUUCAACACAGCCUGUUGAGGUUGCUGCUUCUACAGCGGAACAGACUAGAGAUGACGUCAAUCAAAUUAUUGGAAAUAUCGUGGAUAGUUUGCAGUCUUCCUUUGAAAAGUCACCGGAAGAGAACGCUGAAGCGGGUAUUACAUUGGAUUCACCUAAUGACUUUCUUCCUGAAUCUACAACUGCAACAGUGACACCAGCUCUUGAUGUUUCCGUGGAUGGGAAGCUAGCGGCGGGACCCACUGAACCUGAAUUGAUUACUAAUAUUGAUGAUUCCACAACCUUAAAAAGUAUUGAAGCGCUCGAUCCUUUAACAGGGGAGAAAGGUGCUAUUUAUAAUGAUAACGAUGGUUUUCAGAUAGGAAAUUUAUCAUCAGGAUCAAAGGAAGUCGAAGACGCCAUUUUUUGGGAACCUAACAUUUUGGAUCAGUCAGGACCAAGGGUCAGCAAAUUUAAGCCCAAACCAAAGGCACAAACCCGUAAACUGGAACAGAUUGCUAACAACCCUGAUCAGGGCGUAGGGCCCGUUCAACACGGGGAAAAUAUUAGUUCAAUUCCUUCUCAAACCGCCUUUGUUGAAAACGAGCCCGCUCCAUUUACACCAGAGACAAUCUCUGAUUACCAUGUGAAUGAAGAAUCAAUUAGUUUGACCGAACUUUCUCAAAUGGAUUCGGUGAAUCAAACCGGUAGAUCUUCAAAAAGAUCAAGACGGCUAAAAAGUAAAGCACUUCAAAUUAUAGACGAAGUCGAGAUUGAGGGUAAUGAUGCCAAUAAUGAUGAUUAUGUACCGGAAAUUGAAACUAUAGAUGAUGAUGAUAACGAAAGUAAGUCGAAGUCAAAGUCAAAGGCUAAGAAACCUCUUGAUGAGAAUAAAAAGCCCGUUAGAAAACGUAAAAAGGACAAAGAGGUAUCGGGUGAUUUAACUGAAGUGCCCAAGAAGAAAUUCUCACAUAGCACAAAACGAAAUAAAAGACCAGUAAACCCGGAAUUGCUUACUAUCCCCGAGGACGAGUUUGAGUUGCAUAUGCAUAAUUUCCCCUUGCGGGAUUUAAUCAGGCUAAGAGAGCAUAAGGAACGGAUUGAGAAAAAGGAAGCAUCUUUAGCGGGAACCAAUGCAAACGAUGAAAGUGAAUCUGCACAAAGAACUGAUUACUACAAUUACCGAACUCACAUGAAAAUAACCCCGAGAAUGAAGUGGACAAAACAAGAUACAGAAUUAUUCUACGAGGCUGUUCAGCAAUUUGGGUCGGAUUUCUCAAUAAUAGCAGAAUGUUUUCCGGGGCGGACUCGCGAGCAGAUAAAAUCAAAGUUUAAAAAAGAAUCUAAACAACAUCGAUUAAGGAUGGAUAGCGCUCUAAACUCUCGUGUGAAAGGUCUUUCUCGUUUUGAAUAUGUACUUGAGCGGCUAAAACAAGCCCGGGGAGAAGAUUCCGAGAAUGAUAACGAUGACCCAACAGGUGAAGAAGAUGGGGUGCAGGAGGCUGAUGACAACAAUGAGGGUGGGUUACAAAAAGAAGUUAAAGAUAUGAAAGCUGAUGAGAGUCCGAUCAAGGCUGAUGAUGAUAUUGAAGACGAUGAUGAUGCUUGGAAUCAAUAUACAGGUGACAUAUAAAAAAUAUUAUUUUAAACAAAAUCCCAUUGAAAAACUCUUCCUACUUUUAAGUUGAGUUGCUCUAUUUUUAUUCAUAAUUCAUUAGAAAUAGAAUCCAAACGCUAUAGGUGUAUUCGCGGGUUUACUUGAACACGGCCGGUUUGAACUGGACGUGCAUUCUAAUUUUUUUUGUCUAGUUUUUGCA